AUGACUUUCGUGAAGAUGUCGAUCAGCAACGGUAUUUCUGGCCCGAGAGAAGGAGGAGUAUGGGUUCAAGAGAUAAAGGACUUUUCUGAGCCUGCGGCACUGUCGACAGCGACGUGGGUGCAGAGUGGGGUGGCUCCAAGUGUGAAGAUUUCGACCUUGCACCCUUCACGUGAAAUUGCGCGUCUCGCCGACAUCGAGGUUGCUAGCAAAGCCCUCUUCGGUGUCAUCGGUGCCUGGGACGAUAUAAAAUUUCUACAGAGUGAUAAAGUUUCUACUGUACCCACUGCUUGGACGUACAACUCGAUGCCCAUGAUCGGCUCAGAUUGCGGGUUCGUCGGGGGCAAACUCGUGCAUGUCAUUGCUGUCAUAGAAUACAUGCAGGUCAUCGAUGUUUCAAGUCAAAAACAACAGACUCAAGAUUACGACGACGGUCACGACACUCAAUGGUCCGGGCAGUCCAACGUGCUGAGAUGGGUUUCUCACUGCCAGCUUCAAAUUGAGUGGCCAGAACUACGUAGACGUGCGGUGCUGCUUGGCGCGGAACGGAAGGAGCUGGUCUGUGCGGUUAGCUAUAAACCCUUGUUCGAGACUAGUUGGAAGAACUGCACCAGCCAUGACGUCGUCAAACUGGAACCACAAAACCUUCGCAUUCAGGACUUGAAUUGGAUUGAAGAGUUGGAAUCGCGGUGUGGUAGCAACCCCACUAAAAGGAAAUGGGGAAAAAGAACGACUCGCUACCGUGACGGCAAUGAAGAAAAGGGCGAAGAUACUUCAGUCCGGGCAACCGCUAUCCCCUGA